UCUGUGACGGCCGUGAGUGUUAUGCGCAGUGAAUGUAGCGCAGCUUGCUGAGCAGACGACACAGCAUGGCGGACACAACCAGCACGCCCCUCCGACGGGAGAAAGUCGCAGUGAUUGGCAGUGGCCUGAUAGGACGGAGUUGGUGUAUGCUGUUCGCCUGUGCGGGGUACGAAGUGAGCCUAUAUGACGUGGACCCGGAGCAGGUGGCCCGGGCUCUUGGGGACAUCCGGGUUCAGCUGGACAAACUGCAGGAGGAGGGGCUGCCCCGGGGGACGCUCAGUGCCCAGCAGCAGCGGGACCGCAUCUCGACCGUGGACUCCGUCAAGGACUGCGUUCAAGGCGCCUUCUACAUCCAGGAAUGUGUCCCGGAGCGGCUAGAGCUCAAACAGAAAGUAUGGGCCGAGUUAGACAGUCUGGUGUCGGGUGAUGUGAUCCUGGCGAGCUCAACCAGCGCCUUGCUACCAUCAUUGAUCUCCGAAAAACUAUCCAACAGGUCAAGGUUCAUCGUCGUCCACCCGACCAACCCACCUUUCUAUGCCCCGUUGGUGGAACUUAUCCCCGCCCCUUGGACUGCCGAAGACGUCGUGCCCACGACGAGGACGUUGAUGGACGUCAUCGGUCAGGACCCCAUCGUUCUCAACCGGGAGAUUGACGGCUUCGUCCUCAACCGAAUCCAGUACGCUAUCAUGGGGGAAGGGUGGCGUCUUAUCAGGGACGGCAUUGUUAGCGUUGCUGACUUCGACCGCGUGAUGUCGUCCGGCCUUGGUGUGAGAUAUGCCUUUGUUGGACCUUUCGAAACAGCUUAUCUUAACGCAGAGGGUUUUUUAAGCUACUGUGAACGUUACCGGGACAUGAUCCUUCGCGUUCAGAGGUCAGCCGGUGACCCGGAAGUGAUGGAUGGUGACACUAUGGAGCGCGUGCAGACGGAGAUGGAGCAGGUGGCGGGUCCGGUGUCUGAGCUGGACAGCAGACGACAAUGGCGGGAUAGGAGACUUCUCGGCCUGGCCAAACUAAAGAGGGACUUGAACGACAAGUAGAAGCAACAUGGCCGUGGAAAUGAUAACUGGUGUCAGAUGCGAGAAACUAUGGGAAUAUGUUUAAUUUAUGAGUAGGCACGGAGCUCUCAAGGGCCAUGAAGAUGCCGAUUUAGGGGGCUAAUACGGGCUUCUUGAGGUCAUGCCCAUCAGAUCGUUGUAGUGUAACGUUAAGACAAGAUAAAUACGGGACUAACACAAUACUAUUAAAUAUGAUUGCAGAG